ACGACCGCCGAUUGCCCGCAAACCGGUGCAAAUCAGCGUCGCCGCGGCGACCGUGGUGAAUGCGACGUGAAGAGGCGUCGUGGCUGGGGCGGGAAGGCAAGAGUCUGGUUGUACCGGAUGGCAUUGCGGCCGCUAACUGCUCCAGCAGCGGCGAUUGUGUCGGCCAGCCGAACGUCCUCGGUAACACAGUGGCUGCGGUUGUUCGUGGCAAAGGACCCGAGCUUCGAGAUCAGGAAUCUCCCGCACGAGGAAUUUGAUUCUCUGGUUCACGCCGGGAUUCAACAGUACGAGUUCCCCGUCAGUACGAACGAUGCCGACCUGUCGAAGUUUCGGGGCGCGGGAGGCAAGAUGCUGACAUUCCACGGUCUGGCAAGUAACCCAUCAGAGUCCGUUUGGCAGUCCAUUUCCCGACACUCUUCACCCUGGGACGAUAAUGCCAUCCCGGCCAAAAGCACCGAGGUCUACUACGAGGCCGUCAUGUCGCUCCUGCCCCGAUGUUCACAGCUUAUACCGGUAAUUCGAGGUCCCUGGCCUCGCCCAUUGCUUCGGCGGUGGCGGGGACCAGCCCACUGCCAUGUUCGAGCAGCUGCGCACGUGGGUAGAGAAUGGGACCGCACGGGAUAGCUCGCCCAUUAGCUUUACCGACUCUAAAGGGACAAACAGGAACCACGUCUUGUGUCCUUUCCUGCAGAAGGCUCGAUUGGAAGAGGGCUGUGGAGACGCGACAGCGGUAAAGUGUUGGUCUUCCUCGACGAAGCC